GCAUUGGCAGGCACAUUCUUAACCACUGCGCCACCAGGGAAGUCCCUGUCAGACUCUUAUAUUGCUAUUGGAGUCAUUUGGGGAAGUGAAAUUUAUCAGCUAAAUUUGCGCCCCGCCCCACCCCACACAUGAGACCAAAUUCUACUUGGGAUUAAAUGUGCUCCUGGGCAGGUUCCUUCCUCCGUCUGUGGGGCCAUGGCCUUUAGGGUGACUCUUUCUCCCCACUGAGGGUUCCUGUAGCAGACAUCCCACGAAGUGCUUGGCUGUGCCCUGAAAGAGGAUGGGUGACCCUGGCCUGGGCAGGCCGUGGUUUUUGACAGCUGCCUGUCUGAGUAUUCUUAGAAAGUCCCUGAGAAGGCAAACUGGUUUGGCUAGUUGUGAAAGAUUGAAGAAAACUAUCCAUGGACACCCUUCUGCAUGGCUGGCUGGGGCUUCUACCUUUAACUGCUUGUGGUGACUGCAGCCCAAUUCUAACUGCUAGAAGCAAAAAGGAUCAGAAACCACCAGUGGUCUCUGGUUAUGUCUUUGGUACCAAACAAGAUGGCUCAGUUGUGUGAACUUCCACAGUCCCCCAGGCCCAGCCUGCAGCAUGAGCUGCCCUUCAUCUUGGCUCUGUCUUGGCAUAGUCUCAGAAAUGGACAGGCCCCACUGCUUGGAAAGGAGCCCUAGACAGGAAGAGAUGGGAAUCUCUCGGACCCUGUGGGCCAGCAACCCUCCCACACUUCCUGAGCCACCUCCUGCUGCCUGCAGGCCUUUCUCUUGGCCUCUGCCUUCUCCUGGCCCAGAGCUUGCGCUGCAGCCAGAGAAGGUGGCCCAGGAGGAGAGUGCUCACUGCAUCCUCGUGCCUCGGGCCUGGGGAAAUACAGUCUCUGUCAACGGAGCCCCCAACACAUGUUGUCUGCUGGGCCCAUGGGCAUCAGGCAGGUGGGGGUCAAGGAGAUGGACAGACCUGGAGACAGUGCAGGCCAUGGUGCGGAAAUUCCUAGAAAGGCUGUCGCAGCUUGAACAAAUAACCUUUUUAAACUGUCCACGCUCCGAGGAACGGGUCGGUGGUUUUCUAGCGUUUGAGUUUGCGAUAUUUCUGUUUGGUCCCUCCCUGGAAAUAACCAUAGCUCUGCUCACUCCGCUCUGGCCAGUGCGUAGGCAUCGCUGGAGAAUGAACUUUGCCAGUUUGGGGAAAUAAACACUGGUGGAUUUUUUAUUGGUGUUUUGUGUGUGUUUUUGUGGUGUCUUGUUUGCUGCUUAUGGGCUGGUCCACUUCUUACCUGCUCCUCCUUUGCCCUGCAUGGCCUACUUUUGAGUGGACUUUUCAAACCCCAUUUUCAGAAGAUAUACAGCUAUGUCAGAUAGUCAACUGCCCCUAGAAGUCGUGGCCCCCUCGAGGCCACUCUGACCCGGGCCCUGCCCGAGGAGGGUGGCCGGGCCUCGCCGCCACCUCGGAGUGCUCAGUUGUGCGCAGCAGAUGCUCUGGCACCAUGUCUGUGGUCCUGUCAACCGCCCGCCUGGGUUUCUGUGGCCCUGGUCAGCCUGCUGCCCGCUCAUGGGUUGGGUGGGGCCUGCAGAGGACCUGUCCCUCCCUACCUGUCUGCGGUUGCGUGACCUGUACCUGUGGAUACUUGGCUUGGGAAAUGAGGGUCGUAAAACCAACCUUUCUAACACCCAGGAUUCUCUGUACCCCCUACCCCUCAUUUAUCCAGCAAAUGCUCAUCACCCCCUGGCGGAUGGCCUGGCUCUGGGGAGGGCUGGGUUGAGGUCAUCACCCUCAGCUUGAACAGCACGAUUUGCUGCGCGCUUCCCCGCUCUGCCUGCCGGGCAGGAGGCUUUGGACUGUGGGUGGUGAGUAUGGGAGUGGGGCUGGGGUCCCACACUCAACGAGGCGGGCUAAGAGUCAGUUCUGUGUGCACAGCGGCCAUGGAGCCGUGAGCGAGGCCAUGGCCCCAGGAGGACGAGCUGAGCCAGCGUCUCCGGGGAGACUGGAGAGCCCCUCCUGACACCAGUCCUGGCUCCGCACCUGGUGGGAGUGCCGGCUCCUGGCCCCCGUGAGGCCUGGCCCGUGAGCCGCAGCGAGCCUAUCACAGAUGGAGAGGGAAGGCCCGACCCAGGAGCGUGGGGAAGGGACGCACCUUCUCAGAGACCACCCCGCACACUCCUCCCAGCCUCUCGGGGCAGGUCUGGUGCUGUGGUUCCGGCCCAGAGGGGCAGGAGGGCAGUCCCCGGCUUGCCAGGCAAGAGGCUAAGGGCCGGGGGGCUGCCAGGUAUUUGUAUCUGUGACUCGGGAUUAGAGGUUACUGAGGGAUGGACACUUGAAAUGGUGGGUGGGGUGUGUGUGGGGCUGGCCCAGGUGAGGAAAGGGUGAGAACGGGGCUGGAACCACAGGCCGUCUCAGCACAAGCAGCAACUUGGGGGCAGCCCUGUGAGGGUGUCGUUCUAGGAACCAGUCGAGUCUUUCUGGGUGACGAGGUGCCACCUCCCGACUUGACCUCUGGCUUCCUGGAGCAACAUUAGCUUCCUCUGUCCAGAAUGCAGCGUUGCACGCCUACGGAAAAGCAGGGAAGAUGCUGGUGGAGACCAGCAUGAUUGGGCUGAUGCUGGGAACCUGCAUCGCCUUCUACGUUGUGAUUGGCGACUUGGGGUCCAACUUCUUUGCUCGGCUCUUUGGGUUUCAGGUCACGGGCACCUUCCGCAUGCUCCUGCUCUUCGCAGUGUCCCUGUGCAUCGUGCUGCCACUCAGCCUGCAGAGGAACAUGAUGGCCUCCAUCCAGUCCUUCAGCGCCAUGGCCCUCAUCUUCUACACCGUGUUCAUGUUCGUGAUCAUGCUCUCCUCCCUCAAGCACGGCCUCUUUGGUGGGCAGUGGCUGCGGCGAGUCAGCUACAUCCGCUGGGAGGGUGUCUUCCGCUGCAUCCCCAUCUUUGGCAUGUCCUUUGCCUGCCAGUCCCAGGUCCUGCCCACCUAUGACAGCCUGGAUGAGCCAUCAGUGAAAGCCAUGAGCUCCAUCUUCGCCUCCUCCCUCAAUGUGGUCACCACCUUCUAUGUCAUGGUGGGCUUCUUCGGCUAUGUGAGCUUCACCGAGGCCACCGCGGGCAACGUGCUCAUGCAUUUCCCUUCCAACCUGGUGACCGAGAUGAUCCGUGUGGGCUUCAUGAUGUCCGUGGCCGUAGGCUUCCCCAUGAUGAUCCUGCCCUGCAGACAGGCCUUGAACACGCUGCUUUUCGAGCAGCAGCAAAAAGAUGGGACCUUUGCCGCUGGAGGCUACAUGCCGCCCCUGCGGUUUAAAGCCCUCACCCUCUCGGUUGUGUUUGGAACCAUGGUCGGUGGAAUCAUGAUCCCAAAUGUGGAGACAAUCCUGGGCCUCACGGGCGCCACGAUGGGAAGCCUCAUCUGCUUCAUCUGCCCGGCGCUGAUCUACAAGAAGAUCCACAAGAACUCCCUCUCUUCCCAGGUGGUGCUCUGGGUCGGCCUGGGCAUCCUGGUGGUCAGCACACACACCACCCUGUCCGUGAGCCAGGAGGCCCCUGUGGACUUGGCAAAGGAAGCCCCAGGCAGCAGACUUGGAGAGGCUGAGGGCGCGAUGAAGGCAGAGGCAGCCCAGCUCCCAGGUACGCGGCUCCCAGGUACGCGGCUCUCAGGCCAGAAUCCAAUUGUGGACGUGGCCGAGGACAGCCGAGAUAAGCCGAAGCUACCAAAUGAGAAAGAUGAGAUGGAGCAGGCCCAGAUUAAGGGCCCUGUGAAUGUGCCCCCAAGGGAAGACGCCAAGGAGAAGCAGGAGGAGGCACAGCUGGAUCGCCCUGGUCAAGGAGUUGCGGUACCUCUGGGCGAGGCCCACCGCCAUGAACCCCCAGUCCCUCACGACAAGGUGGUGGUGGACGAAGGUCAAGACCCAGAAGGACUGGAGAAGGAGCAUCCGUCCAAACGUGUGGAUGAAAGGGCCCUGGGGGGCAAGGGUCAGAUGGUGCUACCACUGCUGGAUUCAGAACGAGAGAGACCCAGACAGGACCAGGCUUUGGAGGCAGCGGGUGGUCUUCCUAAAGAUCCCCAGAAGGUUCCAGAAGAAAAUGGUCAGCCAGCCGUUGAGCCCCUGAAGGAGGACCUGGGGCUGGUCGACAGGGGUGCGCAUCCAGGGCCCCAGGCAGUGCUCCCUGAGGGGCAGGACGUCCUGGUGGCAGGUGCAGGGGCCAUAGCAGACGGUGCCCUGCUGCCCGGCCAUGCCGUGGGGGCCAUGGGCAAGCUGGUGGAGAAGAACGAGCACGGUGGGAAGGCUCCCCUCCCGGAGGAGAAGCCAGGCCCAGGGGCAGUGCUGCAGGCAGAGCCUCGAGAGCAGAGGACCUUGGAGGGACAGGGCGGGGACCACGCCGGGGACCACGCGGGCAGCAAGCUGGAGGAAGCUGGCCGGGCGGAGAUGCUGGACCAUGCCGUUCUGUUGCAAGUGAUUAAGGAACAGCAGGUGCAGCAGAAGCGCCUCCUGGACCAGCAGGAGAAGCUGCUUGCAGUGAUCGAAGAGCAGCAUAAGGAGAUCCACCAGCAGAGGCAGGACGGCCAGGACGGCGAGGACGCGGACGUGCAGCCUGAGCUGGGGGUGGCCGGGCCCAGAGGUAAGGAGCAGGAGGCCCACGCCGUGGGGAUGGCAGAGCGUCCCCCACCACAGCCUUUGGGAGCUGUGCCCGAGGGCGUGGACGCUGGCCUGCAGGAGCGGGUCCCUGUGCUGGACCCUGCCAGGGCACCCGGGAGCCCCGAGCAGCACGGCGCUGGAGGCGUCGCCCGGCAGAGUCGGAAUGUUUUUGGUGGAGGCUCCCACGAAAGGAAGAAGUCUGGAAAGGACGAGGCAGCCGCUGGCACAGACGCUCAGGAGGCAGAUGUGCUGGCGGCGGGGGCAGCAGCUGGGGGCCCUCAGGUAAAGUCCCAGCAAGCAAGCCAAGACCGGGCACCCGGAGGCCUGUCCAGCAGGUCGGGGGGAGCAGCCCCUCGGGCCCAAGCCGUGUUACAUCAGCCGGAACAACAGGCUGUCUCUGCCAGAGGGCAGGGCGGGCAGCAGGGCGGUCAUGAGGAGGCGAGGAAGGAGCACGUGCCCGCUCCCAGGGAGGACGCCGCCAUCCAAGAGCCCGAGCAGAGGCUGGACCCUGAGCUCGGGCCCAAACCAGCCAUGCUGGGGGAUCAGAAGCCAGACAAUGCCAAACCCAACCGGGACCUGAAAGUCCAGGCCGGCUCUGACCUUCGGAGGAGACGGCGGGACGUGGCUCCUCGUGCAGAGGCGGGGCCAGCCCCAAAGGACAGGGUCAUCAUCAGCUUCAACCCCCUGCCUGCCGUGCAGGUCAGUGACCUCCGCAGCGCCCUGGAGACCCAGCUGCACCAGGCCGCGGGGGGCGCCCUGCGAGUGGUCCCAGGCCGACAGAUCAAACAGCUGCUCGGGGCCCUGGAGGAGCCCUGAGCCCCGUUAAGGCCACAGUGCUCCCUGUCAGCCGGCGAACCUGGACCACGGUGGGCGCGAAGUCCUGGAAGUCAGGCCCAGGGUGGAGUGUGACAGCUCUCCAGCUGCACCCUGCUUCCAAACCAGCUUUGCCAUCCCUCUCUCCUCUUACACUUCCCGCUGACUCAGCUCCCUGAGGCCACCGGGAGAAAAAGUGGCCUCAAGAAGAAAUAGCCGCUUGCUGAGCCCCAGGAAGCGUGACUGGCCACCAGCCACACGGCUGUUGUUACCCUGAACUUACUUUAUUGAUGUUCUCUGUGAGUGCCAUACAAAACCUAAGGAAAUGCUUCUGCCUUCACCCUUCUUCACAGCAAAUGCUGCUUCAAAUCUCAGAGGCUGGGCAGGCCUGUGAGUCCAACUGCUUCUGCCCUAGAGCUCUGCUCUGCAUACUCUGGUCUCCCAGUCGAGUGGUUGUGAGAUUUAAAAAGUAAAACACACCGCUGACGUCUGGUUAGUGCGGUUGGUGUGGAGGUGAAUCACCCAGAGGACCCCGUGCCACAGACAUAAGCCAUGACCGUCAAACCCCACAGUGACACGUGCUCGGAGCCUCAGCUGGGUGCCAGACCCGCAGGUGUCGGGGGUGGGAGUACACAGCCAGCAGAGGCUGCUUCUCACUUCUUCCGGGACAGCUUCUCCCGAGUCUGCACCUCUGGCACCUGCUCAUCUGUUGAGAGGGCUGUGGUUUGAGAGGGUUGUGGUUUUGUGCUGUACUUUGUUCUCAAGGGGCAGAAAGGCCGAUGGUCACGCCCGACCCCUGAGGCUGGUCAGCAGGUGACCCGGCAAGUAUGCCAGGCCGUCCCGCUGCAAGCCCGGGGCCUUCACCUGCUUUGUGCUGUGUGUGCCUCGCUGCCCUCUGGGGCUAGGGGCAGCUCCAGACCCUGCCCCGAGGGGUCCAUGAGUGGGCCACUUGCUGACCACUGGCCAGGGGUGCCCAGGGCAUGUGGCAGCUCCAGCCUCGGCCUCAGGUCACACUCUUCCCCUGCGCCUUCUGAAAUUUCUGUGUCAUCUUGAAGACUAGAAAUGAGUAAUAAAAGGAGUGGAAUCUUC